CUUCCCCCAGGCUCUCAGCURCCUUCUGCUSAACCGAGCCCCUCCCCMUCUGCUGAAGGAAGCMYCUUGCUGUCGUUGCCGUGGGAGAUGGUGGCUCGCAUCGCCUCGCACCUCCCGGCACAGUGUGUCAUCACGGUCCUGCCACAGGUGUGUCACGCCCUGGGAAAUGUGYGUAAGGACAGCACGGCGUGGCAGUUGCGGGCACGCAGGCUAACUGGUCCCAGAGCUUCCUUCCCCGUGGGGCCACGGGACGGCUUCGACUGGCCCUCGGCCUGCCUGGAGAUGGAGGAGCUGAUCGCUUGCUGGACGGGCCAGGGGGAGAGGGCCGCCAGGGAGGCCGAGCAGGCAGAGAGGGAGAGAGAGGUGGAGAGGGCCCAGGAGAGGCAAAGGGAUAGAGAUGCCCUGGCAGAGGAAGGGAUUGGAGAGUGGGAGGAGGUGGAAGAGGGCAGGCCCCAAGUGGAUGAAGGGGUAGAGGAGGUGGGUUUUCAAGUGGAAGGCGUGAUGGCGGUACCGUGGGAUGGGGAGGAGUUGAUGGAGGAGGGAGAGAUGCAGCAAGAUAGGGAAGGGGAUCUACCGAUGGGAGUUGGGGAGGGAGAGGAGAGGCAGGAGGCUGCAGCCGAGGCCAUGAUGAUGGAGGAGGAGAGAGAUGAUGAACAAGGUGUCCUGGAGGCCAUCGAGGUGGAGGAGAGAGUGGGAGUUUUGGCGGAUAGAGACGGUCAAGAUGACAUAGCGGGCCUGAGAUUGGGAAGUGAUGGGGAGAGAAACGGGUCCAGCCGUGCUCCCAGUCCUCCUCCAGCCCUGGAGCGCCUCUCCCUCCCCUCGGGACACAUCGCUGAGGUCAACUCGGUCCUCUUGGUAGGGGGRGACGGGGCGGUGUGUGCCUCAGGCUCCCGGGACAGGAACGUGAACCUGUGGGACCUACGGGAUGGGGGRUCCACGGGCAGGCUGCUCCAUACACUGGGGGGCCAGGGCCUCUUCAGCACCCACAAAGGCUGGGUGUGGUGCCUGGCGGCCCGGGGACCCCUGCUGGCCUCGGGCUCCUUCGACAGCACAGUGAGGCUAUGGGACCUGGGGGCCCAAGGGGCUGAGAGGGGCCUAAUCAGGGCCCGGGCUGCCGUSCUCUGCCUGGCCCUCCCCCAGAAGGACGUGCUGCUGGCCGGCACCUACGACAAGAAGGUCAGCGUCUACGACACAAGAGUGGCGGAGCCUCUGGUGAAGAGCCUACGUCUCCAUAGCAACGCGGUGCUGUGCCUGGUAGCAGACGAGCAGUACAUCCUAUCUGGGAGUAAAGACCGCACUGUGGUCAUCUACGACCGAAGAGCAGGGAAAACCCUACAGAAACUACAGCUGAGCUCCUAUCUGCUGUCAAUGUGCUACAGUGACAGUGAGGUGUGGGCGGGGGACAACCGGGGCAUGCUCCAUGCCUUCUCCAUGCAGGCCGGUUUCUUCAAGCCCCUCUCCCAGUUUGACGUGGGACACACCUCACUGGUCACCGGCAUCCACAGGUCCCCUGGGAGCCUCUACACCUGCUCCGCUGACCGCACCACCAAGGUGCACCUCCCCUGUGCCCCUCCAAGGACGCUGUGCACACUGCACCACCAAGCAGGCGUCAAUGGGUUCAGUGUGGAAGCAGGAGUGCUGGCUAUCGCAUCAGGAGAAAUGUGUGUGGAGGUGUGGCGGGCCAGGAGGUGAGGGGGGUUGUGAUGCAAGAUGACUGACGUGUAAUGGUCUGUCGUUUAAAUGAUCAACUUUCUCAUGCUGUGAGAAUGUUGACGUGAAGGACCAGUGCUCUUAGCUUUACCCCAAAAAUUAUAUACAAGCCCAACAUAUUUAGUGUGUCUGUGUGAUUCCCCAUGUAUUUUAUCAAAGAAAAGAACACACAAAAAGGCUUCCUUAACUAAUGUAAAGAAAUGUAAAAGAAAAGGCRCAAGAUAAUAACACUUCAUGGUGUAGUUCUGUCUGUGUGUCUCUGUGUUGUMGACCCAGCACUCGUUCAAAAGAUUUCACAUAAACUGGAUUUUAGCUUCAAGUGUAUAUUUGGGAGUUAAUUUGAGGCACAGCACCACUGAAUGGUUUUAAACACUUGUACAUGAUCUGUUUWUUUUWWAUUUUAGRUUGUUGAUUUAAAAUGAGGACAUUCUGCCACCAGCAUUCCAGACAGUUGGUCUCUAGAAAAUAGAUGAAGUAUUUUUCUCUUUGACAAUUGAAACAGAUUCGGAAACACAAUGUAAAGAAUCAGUCAAGCCGUUCUGACACACUGAUUGUAAAGUAUUUUGGUCUAACUGUCAUAAUGUGUGUAGUGGCGUUCUUAUACUCAGUACCACAGCACUUGUUU